CUAUCUGUGCUCCAGAGGUUGUUGUAAGAUAAAAUAGAUGGAUGUUUGAGUUUCCUUUCCAACUAAAAUGGGUGCCAACAACACUAAUGACUCCACCACGGAGAUAGAGAAGACACAGAAGAAGGUUUCCCAUUGUUGGGGAAAUGCUCAAAUACCCUUUGCACUUCCCUUUCUCACGCUCCCCAAUUCCAACCUCGCCACUUUCCUCUCUCCGCCGCAACUCCACUCAUCAUUCACCGCUGUCGCUGACCAUUUUUUCACCCUUCUCCACUCCCUCGCUUCUCAGAACCCCUUCCUCAACAAAAUCAUCUCUCUCCCCUCCCAAUUUCACACCCUAUGCGUCCAGAUUCGGAAGCAGGAUAGCGUGAGAUUGGUGGGUAAUCAUAAUUUUGCUGCUGUUUUACCUGGGGAUUCGGUGGCAGGAUUGGUUGUGGCUAAUGGGGUUCUGAAUUUCUUGAACAUUUACAACACCUUGCUCAUUGUUAGGCUUGUUUUGACAUGGUUUCCCAACACUCCUCCUUCCAUUGUUAGUCCCCUCAGCACCAUAUGUGACCCAUACCUGAACAUAUUCCGUGGGCUUAUUCCCCCUCUGGGAGGAACACUGGAUCUCUCCCCCAUUCUAGCAUUUUUGGUACUAAAUGCAUUUACUAGCACUGCUGCUGCACUCCCUGCUGAGCUCCCAACCACAGAGCGAUCCCAACAAGGUCUUGCACCACCAUUACAAGCUUCUAAUGUUACUACUUCACAGAACAAAUGGAUGAGACGGCUUCUAGGGAACAAGUCAAGGACACUUGGUGGUGAUAAAUAGAACAUGGUAGAGUUUAUCUGUGCCUAUAACUGUUUAUCAAUUCAUAUAAGUUGCUGCUGAUAAUUCCAUCCAAUUAUGGUAGCUCUAGGCAACUCAAUUUUCCAGCUUAUGGCUCCAAAGAUAUUAGAGUUAUCAAGUUUGCUGUGGAAAGAUCAAGCUACCACAGUCACAAUAUAUUUUGCUUUAUUUUUUCAGUACACACAUUAAUCCCAAGGUAUUUCUUUUUAUAGGACUCUUAUAUCUAAACUAAAAAAAGUUGUAACUUAUACUCACCUCUUUCUUCUCAAAAGCGUAGCAGUCUCCACUGACUUUAUGAAGCAUCGUGAUAGCACUUUUUCAUGGAAAA